UGGGGAGCGCCGUUCAGGAACAGCAGCUCCCGCACCCCAAAUGUGACGAGUUCGGCGCCGAGUGUAGAGGUUGCAACAGCAACAAACACUGAAGAAGGGUCGGAGAGGCGGCUGCCGCCGGGGAUUGUGGUCUCGGAGUCCGAUCUUCACCUGCGCCGGCUCUGGGGAUCCCCAACACAGGACAGCCCGGCCCGCAAGUACCUCCUCGCCCUCGCGGUCGGGUAUGGCGAGAGAGCCAAUGUCAACGCAACUGUCCACAAGUUCUUGGACAACUUCGACAUCGUGCUGUUCCACUAUGACGGCCGCACAACUGAGUGGGACAUAGAGUUCAAGUGGUCGAAGAAGGUCACUCAUGUCAGUGCCAGGAAACAGACCAAAUGGUGGUUCGCUAAGAGGUUCCUGCACCCGAGCAUCGUGGCGCCCUACGACUACGUGUUCGUGUGGGACGAGGACCUUGGCAUUGACAACUUCGCCGCGGAACCGUACCUGGACAUCGUGAGGAGGCAUGGGCUGGAGAUCUCGCAGCCGGGGCUGGACACGACCAAUGGGCCGGCACCGACUUACUACAUCACCGCCAGGAAAAACGGCAGCGAGAUGCACAAGACAGAUGCAGGAGGGGAGCAUUGCUCGGACGUGCACAAGCGCCCGUGCAGCGGGUUCGUGGAGGUGAUGGCGCCGGUCUUCUCUAGGGAUGCUUGGAGAUGCGUGUGGCAUAUGAUCCAGACUGACUUUGUCCAUGCAUGGGGUCUUGACUCCAAUUUCUGGAGAUGCGUCGAU